AUGUCGAACAUGAACAAAGUGCUUGGGUUUGAGCGCAUCAACGAACGCGUCAAAAGACCAAAUGGCCUGAUCAACUUCAUCAAGCCAUUGGAAGGCCCGGACAAAGUCUUAGCGCAAGACUUCCUGGAAAGAGUCGCCGCCAUUUGCUAUCCGAUCAUGAAAGAGAACCACAUCGUUGUCAUGGCCCUCGAAGAAUACCCGUCUAACCCUGAAUUCAUCGGACGCAACUUCAACGCUGGCGAAGUCAUCCAACUAGUUCUCAAAGCCCCACAUACCAACCAAUGGUUACCCUUCAAACACGUCCAGAUGGUCAUGAUGCACGAGCUGGCACACUGCAAACAGAUGAACCACUCACGCGCGUUCUGGAAGGUCAGAAACGCUUAUGCUGAUGAGCUGAAGGUUCUCUGGGACAAAGCGUACACUGGCGAAGGGCUGUGGGGCAAAGGACAAUCUCUCAUUACAGGACGCUACAUGACCAAUCACAUGCCCGAGGCUGCCAAUGCACCAGCAAGCCUGUGUGGUGGAACAUUUAGAUCAUCGGGUGGUCGAAAGAGAAGGCGGAAAGAGGAUGUUCCAAAGAUCACCUAUGCUGAACGCCAGCAACGCAGGAUUGCAAAGAAGUUCGGUGUAAAUGGUAUUGCCCUGGGAGACGAUGAAGGUAUUAGAGCCAAGCUUGAGGCUGGUCAGAAGGGUGUAAAACAGGCCGUCAAGCCGAGAGUAGCAGGCAGCAAACGAGGAAGAGAACUCCGGGCUGCUGCAGCAUUGGCACGCUUCGAGAACGUGAAGAAAGAGACGGUCAAGGCCGAGCCCAAAACAGAAACAAUCAGUGACGAUGACUACGAAACCGAUUCUGAUUACGAGUACACGACUAUCGAGAGGACUAUGAAUCCUGAAGAUGGCAACAUGGUCAGAGUCUGCGAAAACGAAGACUCGGAGGACAAAGAUGCGCAGCGAGAGUUCGACGAGCUGCGCGAGAUCGACCAAGCCAUGCCGAAGCUACAGAUCAAACCAUCCGCCCAGCUGUCACUCAACGGAAAGGAGAGACAGACGAUUCCCUCGGCCGAUACUUUGACGGAGAGUGAAGACGACCGAGACCUGGAUGCGCCACGCAACUUCGUCAAACCACCGACCAGGACACAACCAAUCACAGAUGACCUGUCUACAGACAGCGAAGACGACAUACAAGACGUCACCUCCAUUGUUCAGGAGAGAGACAAGCAGAAGGGGAAGAGCCUGUCCAAAAAGCCGUCAUCACNNCGAGAAAGCAGUCCGAACANNGAACAGCAAGAAGCCACAACCACCGCAAAUCGACAAUGA